CCUUCGUCGGAGUUGCUUGGCUUUUACGGAAAGUAUCCAACUUUGGAGACAAUUAUGAGGUAGACUUGAGUUUUGAGCUUUGAUGGCUUGCCAAAAUACAUCAACAUCAAUUGUGCCUUCAGACCCCUCCGAUCAAAGAGGUUCUUACAUGCUAGAUGCAAACAUGAACGCACUUCAAGCUCCAAUGAACCAGCCAAUCCGAAGCUCCGCUGAAGGUCCUGUUGCUAUCCUCUGGGAUAUUGAAAACUGCCCUGUGCCAAGUGAUGUUCGUCCUGAAGAUGUAGCUGGUAACAUCAGAAUGGCUUUGCAAGUACAUCCUGUAAUUAAAGGAGCUGUUGUUACGUUUGCUGCAUAUGGGGACUUCAAUGCCUUCCCCAGGCGGCUCCGCGAGGGAUGUCAGAGAACUGGUGUUAAACUCGUUGAUGUACCAAAUGGAAGAAAGGAUGCUGCUGACAAGGCCAUCUUGGUUGAUAUGUUCCUGUUUGCUCUUGACAAUCCUCCACCAUCUUCCAUCAUGCUGAUCUCUGGGGAUGUUGAUUUUGCUCCAGCACUCCAUAUACUUGGGCAACGUGGGUACACAGUGAUUCUAGUAAUACCUUCUGGAGUGGGCGUUUCAUCUGCUCUCAGCAAUGCUGGUAAGUUUGUGUGGGACUGGUCUAGCGUAGCUCGUGGGGAAGGCUUUGUGCCUACAACUAAGUUUCUAAUGCAUCCUCGUGGGGGACAAGCUGAUAUUACUGGCUAUUUCAUGGGUUGCCAUAUUAAUGAUCAUAUGGAUAGCCAAACUGAGGAUGAAGCUAUUUUAUACAGGGGGAUCUCACAAAGCUAUUACAAUUCAAGAGAUUUUUCAAUAGUGUCACAAUCUAUGUCUGAAUAUAACAGUAGUUCCUUAUUGAUGCCUGGCGGCGCGUCGAGAUCACACAGUCUCCCAUCAGGUCUUAAUGAAGUUCCUGCUGGACCUAGUAGUUCUGCCGAUCAAAAUGGAUCUGCUUGGUGGGUUCAACCAGGGGACCUUAAUGGUCUUAGGGGACAGCUUGAGAAGUUGCUUGAACUUUCUGGAGGUUGCAUGCCUCUUACUCGAGUUCCUUCCGAGUAUCUGAAAGUUUUUGGAAGACCUCUUUAUGUAUCGGAGUAUGGUGCAUUUAAGCUUGUUAAUCUGUUUAAGAAGUUGGGUGACACAAUAGUUGUAGAUGGUAAAGGGCAAAAGAAAUUUGUCUACCUCCGAAACUGGAAACCAAGCCCUUUGAUUUCAACUGGGAAGGAUAAUAGUAGGAAAGGGAAGGGGACUCAGGAAGAGAGUAUGGCUAUUAUUACAGGUAAUGGCUCAUCAGAAGAGUUCUCAGAGGAGGAAAGAGUAGUUUUAGAAGAACAUGAUGACAGGAGUCAAGGACAGACCAAUUUGAGAACAACAGGUAAAUGUGAAAUUGAUGACCAUGACCUUGAGCACUUCAAAUAUGAGUUGCAGGAGAUUCUUGUUAGCUACUCUUGUGGGAUUUUUUUGGGUUGUUUUGAGGCGAUCUACCAGCAAAGGUACAAAAAACCAUUGGACUGUCAAAAGUUUGGUGUUGAUCAACUAGAGGAGCUGUUUGAGAGGCUGACUGAUGUGGUGGUGUUGCUUGAAGAACCUGUUAGCAAGCAAAAGUUCCUGGCUGCAAGUGGUGGCUGAAAUUAUUGAGGUGCUGUUGUUUUAGCAAUGGUGUGAUGUUUUCAACUUAUGUGUGCGCUGGAGGAUUGCUGUAUGCUUAUGCAGCCUGGUUUUUCUCCCUGGUCUUUUUCACUUUUUAUUAGAAGUCAUGAAGAAAGAGAGAGAAAAAAAAAAAGAUGACAGUAGAGCUGGGAUACGUUUUUUUAUGUUCAAUGCGUUCUGCAUAGAUUUGAUGCUUAUUAUUGGUCUAUGCACAACUCAUACCCAGUUAUUUGUAAUUGAUCAACUGCUAAUGGGAGAUCUAAGUGUAAAUUUACUUAUAUGUUACUUU